CUGUAACAUGUCGUUUUGAGUGUACUGAUCUGUCGCAAUUCUAUAGGACAGGUUAGAACUUCUGGUGGAGGAAGAAGGUUCGGGUUCUGUUUUGUCUCUUGUGUGCUUUGUUGUUAGUUCUUGAGGUAUCGGGAAUCAUUCUCUUAGCAUAUCUCCUUUUCUCGUCUCGGUGGUUCGCUGUCCCACAGCCACUCUCUCUAAUCCGGGCUCCUUAAUCUUGACGAACAGAUUUCAGAAGAACAUCUUCUUUCUUCAACUACCAAAUCUUUCGUUUUUUCUAUCUAAUUUCGCCGCCAUGAGUUCCGUUACCGAGAUCGUGUCUGAGCAGCAAGUGAUCGACGGUAUUCAGGAUUUGGCCCUUCAAAAUCAGGUUCUUUGUUACCCUUAUUCAAUUCAUAUUCUCGUCUCUUGAUGAAAAUUUUCAAAUUUUAAAUAUGUUUGCUUUGUGUGUCGGUCUUGUUUCGGAGUUGGAGCUGAUUCUGUCCAUGAUGCUUCUGCUUCUAUGUGGAAAUGUAUCUAGCCUUGCUCCACAAUAUUAGGGUUUCGUAAAUUUUUGAUUUUGUGCGUUAUUAUGUGUUUAAUUUCGAAUUGGACGAUUAGGGCUCUUCAGGUUUACAAUGUGAAGUUGACUGUUGCUGAAUUUGCUACUGAUAUUGUUUAUGAAUCUGCUUUCUUUUUCUCUUCAUAACUUUCACAGAACUUAGGUCUCUUGUUCUUACAUCUAAACAUAACUCUUUAAGAUGAUGUUGUGUGUUCUCUGCAUGUGGAGGUGAUUUAAGAGAUUUUAUCUGAACCUCUCUCUCAGGACAAAAAGAAGAUCCAGGAAGAGAUCCAUGAGCCGAGUUUCGGGAAUCAUGGUGGCUGUUGUGCAAUAUGUUUGAGUGAAAUUCCUCUUCAAGAAACUGCUAUGGUCAAAGGCUGUGAACACACUUACUGUGUGACAUGCAUACUUCGUUGGGCGAGUUGCAAAGAGAGUCCCACAUGCCCACAAUGUAAGCAUCCAUUUGAUUUUCUCAGUGUCCACCGAGCACUUGAUGGCAGCAUUGAAGAUUUUCUGUUUGAGGAGAGUGUGUGCCUUCUCCUUAGAGCCUCAUGGUUUGUACCAUUGGAUGUGGUGGAACAGGCGUCGUACAGCCAUGGUUACCAUGAUGAUUUUGACAUUCCUUAUGACUACGAGGAUGAAGAUGAUGACCUUGACGAGUUUUAUCUGCACGGCUCAAGUCUUCGCAUAGGAAAUCGGAGAUGGGGUGGCAAUGGUUUUGUCAGAUCCGGGCGUCAAGAAGCCAGGCCUGUCCAGAGAUACAGUGGUUCUGGUUCUAGUUCCAGUUCCAGCUCUGGGUCAUCCUCAAGUGAGCCUAAGGAUAAGCAGGUGAAGACGACAAACACAACAGGAAGACGUGCAAAAAGGGCAAUGAAGCGUGAAGCUGCAAACAAAGCAGCGGAAGUAACUGCAGCAGCAAAGCACGAGGCCCAUUUGGUUAGGUUGGGAAGGAAGUGAGUGUGUAUCUGUAAAUAAAUUGCACUCAAAAAGCUUCCACCUACUUCCAUUACUUAGUAUCAUCUGUACAGCAAGUAGUUUUUAAUGUUGUGAUUAAUCCCUGUCAGACCACUAUAUAAUGGUGUGGGGUUUGGAAUGGUAGAAACAAGAAGUUGUGACUCAUUGUCUCAUACAAUACUUGGACAACCAUUGGCUAUCAUAUUACUCUGUUCAUUAAAUCUUGUUAUGUUUCUAAUCAUUGAUCAGAUGAGAAAGUAGUGUAGCUUUUGAUUUUCUUGGUGUGAAUACUGAAUAUGUAAAAAUAUGUCUAGAUGAAGAAGAAAGACAACUUCUUUUUA